UUGUAUCACACUUGCUCUGUUUGCCAAGGGGAAAGUGUCCUCGUCUUUCAGUUUCAGCCUCUGAAUUGAAUCUCUCCGUGAUCGAGGAAGAGAGGAGUAGGAGCCAGCAAACAUGGUGCACGGGAAGCUGGAGGUUCUUCUCGUCUCCGCCAAGGGCCUCGAGGACACCGAUUUCCUCAAUAACAUGGACCCCUACGUGAUCCUUACAUGCCGCACCCAGGAGCAGAAAAGCAGCGCUGCAAACGGAGCAGGAAGCGAGCCUGAAUGGAACGAGACCUUCAUCUUCACUGUCUCUGACGAUACCCCACAGCUCCAUCUCAAGAUCAUGGACAGCGACGUUACGGACGAUGAUUUCGUUGGUGAAGCAACCAUCCCCCUGGAGGCUCUGUUUCAGGAAGGCAGCCUUCCUCCGACAGUUCACCCAGUCGUCAAGGAGGAGAAAUACUGCGGAGAGAUCAAGAUUGCACUCACCUUCACUCCAGCAGAAACACGCCGCCCCGACAACGAGGAGGGUACUUACAGCAGCUGGGAUUGAUCUGCCUGAUGUGUGCACUGAGCAAGAGCAUAAUUUACUGAAGAAUUACUAUUGUUAUGGAACAGUAUUUUGCUUUGUCAUGAACUGAAUAUUUGCAUGUAACUCCCAUCAUGGUGAUAACUAUUCAGAAUUGUUGGUUUGUGCACCUCACGGGGCAUCGCCUGCAGAA